AUGGCUUCAUCAAAUAGACACUGGCCUAGCAUGUUCAAGUCCAAGCCCUGCAACACUCAGCAUCAUCAAUGGCAACAUGAUCUCAACCCUUCUCUCCUGUCAUCAAGUGGAUGCCACAAAACUUCGCCGUACUCAUCAGGUUGUGAGGAGCGAACCCCGGAGCCAAAGCCGAGGUGGAACCCGAAGCCGGAGCAAAUCCGCAUACUGGAGGCGAUCUUCGACUCCGGGAUGGUCAACCCCCCCAGGGAGGAGAUUCGGAAGAUCAGGGCUCAAUUGCAAGAGUACGGACAAGUGGGCGACGCCAAUGUGUUCUACUGGUUCCAGAACCGGAAAUCUAGAAGCAAGCACAAGCUCCGUCACCUCCAGACCUCCAAACAACAGAAGCAACAACAAAACCAAAACACCAACACCAGCAGCAACAACCAAAAUUUCAAUCCAAUCACAUCUUCAAUGUCGCCCACCGUCACAGCUCCAAAUUCAUCUUCGUCGUCCUCCUCGUCUGACAGGACCUCUCCAACCGGUCAUCAGGGCGUAAGCACUUGUGGUUUCCCUCAAUCUGGUCAAGGGUUUUGCUUCUCUCCACUGACAAGUGUGGUUCAAGUUCCUCAUGAGCAAAGCCCUAAUAUUGGCCCUUGCACAAGCCUUUUACUUAGUGAGAUCAUGAACAACAACAACAACAACAACAACAACAACAAUAAUGCAGCUGGUUCUGAGAAACUUGGGCAAGGUGAUCAUCACAAAAUGAAGAUGAUGCAAUUGCCAACAAGCUCUCUGGGUAAUAACUAUUCUGUGAUCAACCCUUUAGGGACGACUCACUCUGCUGUUCCUGCAACUGUCACUACUAGCCUUCCUCUUCCAAGCACCAACAUCGACAAUGUUCAGGGUGUCCCGGAGGCCAGCAACGAGGCGAAAUCCACGGUGUUCAUCAAUGACGUGGCGUUCCAGGUGGCAUCCGGGCCGUUCAACGUGAGGGAGGCCUUCGGGGAUGACGCAGUGCUCAUCAACGCCUCGGGUCAGCUCGUUCUCACCAACGAGUGGGGUCUCACUCUUCAGUCACUCCAGCACGGCGCCUCUUACUAUCUGGUGACUAUCAUUAUAAUAUCUUGA